GCCACAUGCUCGCGCACUUCAGUGGUGAGAGAGACCGAGAGAGAGAGAGAGCGAGCAAGCGAGAGAGAGAGAAGAGGGAGUGAGUAGCAGAGACUCAUUAGUCAGUAGUGACCAGUUCCCAUACACAGAUCCCCUUCCUCUUUAGCUAAAAUGUCCAAGUUGGACCAGGUCCUCGUUCUCGAGCCCCCUUCCGACCUCAGAUUUAAAGGUCCAUUCACAGAUGUCGUCACGACCAACCUCAAGCUGAAGAACCCCUCAGACAAAAGAGUGUGUUUCAAAGUCAAGACGACGGCGCCGCGCCGGUAUUGUGUACGGCCCAACAGCGGCGUCAUCGAAGCGGGAGCCGCCGUCAUCAUCUCUGUUAUGCUACAGCCCUUUGACUAUGACCCCAAUGAGAAGAGCAAACACAAAUUCAUGGUGCAGACAAUCUUCGCCCCACCCAAUGUCUCUGACAUGGACUCUUUGUGGAAAGACGCAAAACCCGAUGACCUCAUGGAUUCCAAGUUAAGAUGCGUCUUUGAGCUGCCUUCUGAAAACGAUAAGAUGAAUGAUGUGGACGUGAGCAAAUCUGCCCCGGUGAUGAACUCUGCCAAGGCUGAGCCGCCCUCAGCCGCGACAGCAACACCAGCACCCGCCGCCACCAAUACGGCCACUGCCUCUGCUUCCUCAUUGGAUGACAGCGAGAUGAAGAAGUUGCUGGAGAAGUGUAAGCGGUUGCAGGCGGAGAUGAGCAAAAUCGCUGAGGAGAACCGACACUUAAAGGACGACGGCGCGCGCAUGAGGAAGGUGGCACGCUCGGAUCACGCAACCUCCAACUCGGCCGCCUCCCUGCCCUCUCUCCUGGUGGUCAUCGCGGCCAUCUUCAUCGGCUUCUUCCUAGGGAAGUUCAUCUUGUAGACUCGUGGGUCGGCGGUGGCGGCUCCGCCCCUCUUUCCCUCAAAUCAAGUGUUUUGUCUUGACAUCGCCAUAUCACUGCUAGCGUGAGCUUCCAGGCCAACAUGCGUGUACGACAAAGGCGCUGCCUUUUCUUUCAUGUUUAUUUUUAACUUUCACACACGGUUAAAUGCGCACACGCGUUGGGAAAGCAAAGACAAAGGGAUUGUGUUCUUUUUUUCUCCCCCUUAGAAGGCUUCAGGUCAUGUGAUGGAAAGUUAACUGUCAGUCCACAAGGAAGUGAAUCAUAACCACCCCUCUCUCUCGCUCUCUCUCUCGCUCUCGCUCUCUCUCUCGCUGUCUCUCUCGCUGUCUCUCCGUCUCGCUCUCUUGCUUGUAAUCGGUGUGGACUCAAUUGUUUUAAUGAAAUUCUUUUUAAACAAAGAUGAAGAACUUCCAUCACUGGAUCACUACUUUCUCUUCUACUUCUUGGAAUGUUCGCGUCCAGUUGGGGAUCAAGGUGCCUCCUUGUACAUUUGUCUAUUCUUUACCCACCAAUGCAGACUUUAUAUUAUUAUUAUUAUUAAUUAUUAUACAAAUCUUCUAUUCCCAUCUGAGGUAAACAUUGACUGAAAUGGGUCUCCAUACUUAAAUUCUGUCCCAUUAUAAUAAACAUUGAAAAUAAAAUGGAGGACAAAAAAAACCCCGAUGCUUUCCA